GGCAGAAUUAGUUAGUUAUAAAAUGGCGAUCAUGGUGAUGAUAUUGAAAGACAAUAGGGAUAUGAGAUCUCAGCUAUUGAAAUUUGGGGUGGCUUUGGCUCUUUCCUUUGCUGGCUUUCUCUAUUCCCAACUAAGAACCAGAAGAAUCCGUCCCACCACUUCCUCUCCACGCUUGCCCCAAUUACCUCCUCCUCGUCCUUCAGUUUAUUCCAAUAACUUCGAUACAGAUGGAAGAGCAGACCUCAAAGACGAUCUCUGUUCCACACAGGUGAAGCCUCCAGGUUCCUCCAACGAUGCUUCCUUUACAACCCAUUUAUUUGUAGAAGCAUCAUCAUCAUCAUCAUCAUCCCAUCAGAAGUUCACCAAUGAUGGUCACGUUGUUGGGCUCUCCCUAAUCAGUAAAAAUUCUGGGGAAGAAGAGGGAUUGCUACUGCCGGAGUUUAACGAACUCGUUCUCAAGAACUUCGAAUUGACUUCCUACAACGCCAGUAUUAGGAAAGAAGUAGAUACGGUCAUGGCAAGAAAAAUAGCUGCAGAAAAAGAGGAGACAGAGCAAGAGAACAUAAACUUGAGGAACAUGGUUAAAGUACUGCAAGAGAGGGAGAAGAAUCUUGAGAAUAAAUUGCUCGAGUAUUAUGGCCUCAAGGAGCAAGAGACUGCAGUGAUGGAGCUCCAGAAUCGACUCAAACUUAACAACAUGGAGGCUAAGGUUUACACUCUAAAGAUCGAGUCUUUGCAGGCUGAAAACCAGAGACUGGAGGCUCGAGUGGCAGAUCAUGCAAGAGUCGUCUCAGAGCUUGAAACUGCUAAAGCAAAAAUAAAGAUGUUGAAGAAGCUAAGGUCCGAUGAAGAGCAGAACAGGGAACUGCAGUCUGCUCUUCAGCGAAGGGUUGCCAACUUACAAGAACAGGAACAGAUGGCUAUUUUGAAUGAUGCUGAUGUCCAAAGUAAGCUGCAAAGAUUGAAGGAAUUGGUGGAUGAAUCCGCAGAACUCAAAAAGGCUAAUUCGAGCUUGCAGCGAGAAAACUCUGAGUUAGCUGAGAGGUUGAAAUCCACCCAAAUUCUUGCCUCUUCCAUUUUGGAAGAUCCAGAGACUGAAGCACUACGGGAAGCUAACAACCGUUUGAGACGAGAAAAUGAAGAAUUAAUGAAGGAACUCGCUAGUGUUCGAUCCGAUUGUUGUGCUGAUGUUGAGGAGCUAGUCUAUCUCAGGUGGGUUAAUGCCUGCUUACGGUAUGAACUAAGGAACUAUCAGCCUCCACCUGGUAAAACAGUGGCAAGGGACCUCAGUAAGACCCUGAGCCCCAAGUCAGAGGAGAAAAUCAAGCAGCUCAUACUUGAGUACGCAAAUUCAGAGGGAUUUGGCAACAAGGGUGACAGUAUUGUAGAUUUUGAUUCUGAUCAGUGGUCAUUAUCCCAAGCUUCUUACCUCACAGAUUCAGGUGAAUAUGAUGAUGCAUUUUCUGAUGUUUCAUCUGCCACAAGAACCCACACUUCAUCCAAAACAAAAUUUUUCAGCAGGCUCAAAAACCUUGUACGUGGGAAAGUUAAUUAUAAGUCGGUAGAUAGAAAGAAUACAAGUUUCUCUGGAUCAGGCAGGAACGAGUCUGCCUCAACCACUUCAGUUGAGGAUAUGGAGGGAAAUUCUUGUGAUACCCUUUCUUCUCACCACAAUUCAAGUGUCAUGGCAACACCUCUAAUGGGGAUUGGAGUCAGGAUUGAUGGACAAUCAACUCAGAUGACUCUUUCUCAGGGGGGUUCCUCUAGGCGUUCCUUGGAUAUCCAAAGACUAAGAAACGUGCACUUGGAAGAGAUCAGGGAUGAGGAAAGCAAACGGAGAAACAGUGAUGUGGGAUCAUCAUUUGGGUACAAGAAAAUGGUUUUGGGUAAGAAUGAUGGUUUGUCCCCUGACAAUCACCUCGAUCAAAACAAUCCUGAUGCCCGUGAUAAGUUAGAGUUGAUCAAUUUUGCAGAAGUUUUGAGGAGCUCUCGAGAAACUUCAAAGUCCAGGAAGUCAACAGCCUAUAGUUCUUAGUUUGCAUUAGAGGCUCUUACCCUCACCAUUUCUGCAGCAUGGGCUAGUCGGAAAAUAUCCAGAUAUAUAUACAUGCACUAAAUUCCACUUGUAAAUACUAUUUGUUCAUACACAAUAGUGUUAGAAAUUAACCAAAAAGAAGUAAGCAGAACAAGGUAGCUUGUCCAACCAGUGAUGAGACGGCUAAUCUGAUGAAUCAGAUGCUAAACAGUCCCUAUCUUUUCUUUCAAAUGGAAGUGAAGAUGGCAGCAUAGAUGGUAAUACUGUCCCUUGCAUGAAUAUAUCAGUUUUACUUGUAACAUUCAAAAUAUAAGUCUUAUCAUCCAUAUCUCUUAUAGUGAAGCUUCCCUUGUAAUGAAGCUGAAGAUGAAGAUGAAGA